AUGAACACCACUACAAUCCCCCGCAAGCUCUGGGAGCACCCGGACCCCAAGAGCACGGAAAUGUACCGGUUCCUACAAUCAGUGAACUCUACCUUCAACCUCCAGCUCAAGACCUUCCACGACCUCCACAGCUGGACCGUAGCCAACCGCACCAGCUUUUACGGCCACCUCUUCACCCAUGCCAACUUCAUUCACGAGGGGCGUCCGACCUCGGUUGUGGAUGAAUCACUCCCUAUAGACGCCGUGCCCAAGUGGUUUCCCGGAGUGAAUCUUAACUGGGCCGAGAAUCUGCUCUACUCCCGAAGUACUUCUGACGCCACUGGCCACCAUGGCAUCGCGGGCAAGGAGGACGACAAAGUCGCCGUCACUGAGGUCCGGGAGGGCAAUCGGGGCGACGUCCGAAACCUCACCUGGGGAGAGCUUCGCCGGGAUGCGGGUAGCUUAGCGGCCGCGAUGAAGGCGCGGGGUGUUGCACAGGGAGACCGCAUUGUCCUUGUCGGCGCCAAUUCCAUCGAGACGCUUCUCGUCUUCAUAGCAGCGACCUGGCUCGGCGCCAUUUUCAGUAGCUCGUCGACGGAUAUGGGCGUCAAAGGGAUUCUCCAGAGGACUGUCCAGGUCGACCCAAAGUUUAUCUUCUUCGAUGACGCUACUGUGUACAAUGGCAAGACGGUCGAUCUGCGAGGCAAGAUGGCUGAGGUUGUAUCCGGCAUGGGCACCUGCCCCUCAUUCUCUGGUCUCAUCUCCAUCCCGCGCUUCACCCAGCCGUACGACGUGACUUCCCCCAAGACCGAGACGUGGUCCAGCUUCCUCGGCUCUCCGUCGGCCCCACCAGCUUUCACCCGUAUUCCAUUCCACGCCCCGUUUCUCAUUUACUACUCUUCCGGCACAACGGGCAUCCCCAAGGCCAUCGUUCACACCGUCGGUGGCGUGUUGCUCAACAGCUUCAAGGAAGGGCGUUUGCACGAGAGCAUGUCGUCGGAGUCUGUGUGCCUGCAGUAUACUACGACCGGCUGGAUCAUGUACCUCGCGAACGUGGCAGCGUUGCUGGUCGGGGCCCGCGUCGUCAUGUACGACGGCUCGCCGUUCGUCCCAGAUCUGACGUCUUUCAUCCGCAUUCUCGGAGAGCAGCGAGUGACAAAGCUCGGUAUUAGCCCGAGAUGGAUGUUUGAGGUCGCCAAAAACAAGAUCGUCCCGCGGGAGGUGACGGACCUCACUUCGCUACAGAUCGUGACCAGCACAGGCAUGGUUUUAUCUGAUCAGCUGUUUGAGUGGUUCUACGAUUCUGGCUUUCCGAUUCAUGUUCACCUGGCUAAUCUUUCAGGCGGGACAGACAUUGCCGGCUGCUUUGGUAUGGAGAACCCCCUCGACCCUGUGUACGUCGGUGGCACCCAAGGCCCCUCCCUUGGCGUGCCCAUUGCCAUCUAUGAUGCUCAGCUCCCGAACGGACCCGGCAAGACAGUCCCUCACGGUACGCCCGGCGAGCUUGUUGCGACGGCCGCAUUCCCCAACAUUCCUUGCUAUCUCUGGGGGGAUGCCAGUGCGGCGCCAACGUCCUCGACAAGCUUUGCUUCCGCCACGCCGGGAACAAAGUACCACUCGGCAUAUUUCGCCCGUUUCGACCACGUCUGGGCUCACGGCGACUUCUGUUCGAUCCACCCCGAGACGGGUAACAUUUCGUUUCUGGGGCGUGCCGACGGUGUGCUGAAUCCGAGCGGCAUCCGGUUCGGCAGCGCCGAGAUCUACGCCGUCAUCGAGCGGAACUUUUCUAAUAAGGUUGUCGAUAGUCUGUGUGUUGGGCAGAGAAGACCUCGCGACGACGAUGAGAGCGUCAUGCUGUUCCUGCUGAUGCGAGAGGGCGAAAAGUUCGACCGCAGACUUGUAGCCGAGGUCAGGGAUGCCAUCAAGAGGGAGCUGACCAAGAGGCACGUGCCGAAAUAUGUCUUCCAGACGCCCGAGAUACCGACAACCGUGAACCUGAAAAAGGUUGAGCUGCCGGUGAAGCAGAUCGUGUCGGGCCACACCGUCAAACCGAGUGGGACGCUUCUUAACCCGCAGAGCUUGGACUUUUACUACCAGUUCGCCAAGAUCGAGGAGCUGCUCGCCGGCAAGGAGAAGCUGUAA